CCAGGCUCAGGUACCGCGCACGUGGCGGGGCUGGGCGCCCAGCCACCUGCGGGACCAGAACGAUGAGUCUGAGCUCGGUGCCCCGCUCCCUGCGGCCCAACCAGGCCUCCCCCUCCGCGGGCCAGCCAGCGAUCUGAACAUCCCACCUUGGGGACUUCUGACUUCACAACAGCUCCAUAUUCCCGUUUUAUAAAUGAGGAAAGAGGCGUAGAGAGGGAAAAAGCUCUGCCAAAGGCCACAGGCUUUGCAAGCGUGGUCACCGGAACUUGCUUCUACAGCAGGCUCCUGGACGAAUAGUUUGUAAUAUUCUAUGGAUGAAAAUAAGCCACGAGCUCCCCAGAGAUGGCACUACUGCUUCACUCUGCCUUCUUGUGCCCUCAGGGAUCCCCUGUCGUGGAGCUUAACGUGGGAGGUGAGUUGUACACCACCACCAUGGGCACCCUAAGAAAACUCCCGGGUACAAAGCUGGCAGAGAUGUUCUUCGGCUCAGCUAAGCCCUGCACGGACGCAGAGGGCCGCUUCUUCAUCGAUCGCCCCGGCACCUAUUUCGGACCCAUCCUGGACUACCUGCGUAGCGAGCGGCUGCCCACGCACCACAUCCCGGAGGUGUACCGCGAGGCGCAGUUUUACGCAAUCAAGCCUUUGGUCAAGCUCCUGGAGGACACACCGCAGAUCUUCGGGGAGCAGGUGGCCCGGAAGCAGUUCUUGCUGCGGGUGCCAGGCUACAGCGAGAACCUGGAGCUCAUGGUGCGCCUGGCGCGCGCCGAGGCCAUGGCGGCACGCAGGUCCCCGGUGCUGGUGUGCGCCGUGCGCACUGAGGAGGAUGCGGCGCACUGCGCGGAUGCUCUGCGGAUCCUGGAGGCCGAAAAGAGGUCGGUUGUCAAGUUCGGCCCUUGGAAGGCGGCCCCGCAGGUCAAGGACCUCCUCGACUGCGUGAAGAUGGACAUUACAGCCCAGGGGUACCAGGUAUACUAUGAACCGUACUCCGGGAGGACAUUACGGGCCAAGUAUUUCAGUUACUUUUAUACAUUCGUCUUCAUCUGGUGGUGAUCCCCCAGGGGGCGGGGACAGUUUGUUUUGGGUUCUGGUGGGACUUAUGAAAUUAAAAGUUGCCUUCAAAAGACGUCUUCCUUUAAUUUAAAACAAACAAACAAACAAACAACCACUUCCAAGGUGGUCUAUGAGGCUUGCCCCCCAAUAAUUAUUUCCCUGUUGAGGAUUUUCCACUGAUUGCAACUGACUCCACUGUGCUUGCCUAGUGAGGUGCAGCUACUUCCUCUUUAAAGCCUCCCCUACCUGCCAGACCCUUCCCUGCAAGUCCAAAUGGCAAGGCUGAGAUGAGUUGGAAUGUUUCAACAAUCCUUCGGCUGGAGACGGUGGAUGAUAACAGGAAGAUAACAGAAUACCAUGAAUCUAGAUAAAAUGAUC